AUGUUUUCUAAUAACAACUCCAGCCAUUCACAGCAGACUAAAUUUAAUCUGGUCCAAGUGAAAGGAGCAUGGAUCAGACAAACAGAGCAGUGUCAACUGACAGAGGGAAAGUUAUCAGAUGCUAAAAUCUAUGAGAACAAGUCAGAACAUGGACUUUCCUGGACAGUAGUCAGCCCCAUCGUAUUCACCUACAGAGUCCUUCAGUGCAAAAAUAUAUUGGAUCCCAGAAAUGACACAUUGCUCUGGGGUCAUUUAGGAGAUGAAGAGCUUAAAGGUACCAUAAGUAACUCUAAACCUGUGAAACGCUUUGUUGUCAUUGAUGAAACUGUCAAUCAUCUGUAUGGCUCUCAAGUUAUUCAGUACUUUAAGGCCAGAGAAGUUGUGUACAAGAUCCUCCCACUGCCUACCACCGAGGAGAACAAAUGUAUGAAGUUAGUCACCAAGAUCCUGGAGGAGGUCCAUGAGUUUGGUAUUGACAGGCGCUCUGAGCCAAUCAUAGCCAUCGGUGGUGGGGUUUGUCUGGACGUGGUGGGUUUGGCAGCAUCUCUCUAUCGCCGGAGGACGCCAUACAUUCGGGUGCCCACCACUUUACUCUCUUAUGUUGAUGCCAGUGUGGGGGCAAAAACAGGGGUCAACUUUGCUGGUGGGAAAAACAAGCUGGGAGGUUACGUCCCCCCAGUGGCAACAUUCUUAGAUCGCUCAUUCUUCCAAACUCUUCCACCACGUCAGAUCUCCAACGGGAUGGCAGAGAUGCUAAAGAUGGCCCUGAUGAAGCACCGUGGCCUGUUUGAGCUGCUGGAGGCUGAGGGCAGGAAGCUGUUACACACCAAGCUACAGUCAUGUGAGAGCAACAACAGCUCUCAGCACGAAGAUAGCGCUACAGCAUCGACCUGCAUCGCCAUAGAAACCAUGCUGGAGGAACUGGCUCCUAACUUGUGGGAGGAUGAUUUGGACAGGCUGGUGGAUUUUGGUCACCUCAUCAGCCCUGAAUUAGAAAUGAGAGUGUUGCCAGCAUUGCUUCAUGGGGAGGCGGUCAGCAUCGACAUGUCCUUCAUGGUGUAUGUGGCCCACCAGAGGGGGCUGCUGACAGCAGAUGAGAAGGAGCGCAUCAUCCAGUGCGUGCUGGGCCUGGAGCUGCCUGUGUGGCACCAGGACUGCACCCUGGCCCUGGUGCAGAAAUCCCUCAAGGAGCGUCUCAAGCACUCCGCUGGCUCUCUGAGGAUGCCUCUCCCCACAGGACUGGGACAUGCAGAAAUCUUCCAUGAUGUGAUUGAUGAUAAUAUCCUCUGCCAAGCUUACCAGAAAUGGACUGAUGAGCUUUCUUCUUCUGGGAACAAAUGA